UCCCCGCAGCCCACCAUGACCGGGCCGAGGCUGGCCCUCGCCGCCGCGCUCCUCUGCAGCUGCACCUCGCCGGUGGCCGACGCCAACUCCUGGUGGUCUUUGGCCAUGAACCCCAUCCAGAGACCUGAGAUGUACAUCAUCGGCGCUCAGCCGGUGUGUAGCCAGCUGCCGGGGCUCUCGCCUGGGCAGCGCAAGCUCUGCCAGCUCUACCAGGAGCACAUGGUGUUCAUCGGGGAAGGGGCCCGCAGCGCCAUCAAGGAGUGCCAGUACCAGUUUCGGCAGCGGCGGUGGAACUGCAGCACGGUGGACAACACCUCCGUCUUUGGGAGGGUCAUGAAAAUAGGGAGCAGAGAGACCGCCUUCACCUACGCUGUCAGUGCGGCCGGGGUGGUGAACGCCAUCAGCCGGGCCUGCCGUGAGGGAGAGCUCUCCAGCUGUGGCUGCAGCCGCACAGCCCGGCCCAAGGACUUGCCCCGAGACUGGCUGUGGGGCGGCUGCGGCGAUAACGUGGAGUACGGAUAUCGUUUUGCCAAGGAAUUCGUGGAUGCCAAGGAGAGGGAGAAGAACUAUGUGAGGGGUUCAGAGGAGCAGGCCCGCAUGCUGAUGAACUUGCAGAACAACGAGGCUGGUCGCAGGGCCGUGUACAAGCUGGCAGACGUGGCCUGCAAGUGCCACGGCGUGUCGGGCUCCUGCAGCCUCAAGACCUGCUGGCUGCAGCUGGCUGACUUCCGCAAGGUGGGCGACCUGCUGAAGGAGAAGUACGACAGCGCCGCUGCCAUGAGGAUCAGCCGUAAGGGGAAGCUGGAGCUGGUGAACAACCGGUUCAACAUGCCCACGCAAGAGGACCUGGUCUACGUUGACCCCAGCCCGGACUAUUGCCUGCGCAACGAGACCACUGGCUCCCUGGGCACCCAGGGCCGGCUGUGCAACAAGACCUCAGAGGGCAUGGAUGGGUGCGAGCUGAUGUGCUGCGGACGGGGCUAUGACCAGUUCAAGAGCGUCCAGGUGGAGCGUUGCCACUGCAAGUUCCAUUGGUGCUGUUAUGUCAAGUGUAAAAAGUGCACAGAGAUCGUUGACCAGUAUGUCUGUAAAUGAAAGGAGCCACCAAAGCAACAAAUCUAUAUUAUAUAAAUCUAUAUAAAUAUAUUUUAUAUUUGUAUAAAUAAACAGAUGAUGAUAAUAAUUAAAGAAGCUUAUUUAAGAGACAUUUUGGUUUUGAAAUCUCCCCCAUCAGGCCAGCUGGUUUGACAUUCCUCCAGUUCUGCUGGAGAGUUUGUCUUUGGGUGCAUCUCCCCUUGGAUUGUUUCAGUCAGGGUGAAGAGGCUGAGGAGGUGCUGGCAAAGCACACAGGCACACGUUAUUUCAUUACAGAAGGCAAGCCAGCAAGAAGAAGAAGAGUGGGUUCUUCUUGCUCUCUCAUCAGUAAAUCUCAGCGUUUUGCAUAGUUGUUGCACAUCGGAAAUUACAGCCAGACGUGAGUGAGUCCUAGUUAUUUCAGUUUCAAACCCUGCGCUGGGGAAUUUGGAACCAAUUCUUGGUCUGUCUAAAGGGCUUUGUCACACUGGAAGGAAGGUUAGCCAAGGCUCCCCUACCACAGUAUGGCUUAAAAUCUGCAGUCCUGUAAACCAUUCCUGGAUGCUCCCCAGACCACAAUGGGGUGGAGGAAGGUUUACCACCAUCUGUUGUGAAGAAGGAAGGUGCAGCCUGUGGCUAACCAGCGCACAGCCUGAGAGUCCCCAUGGAGCCAGCACCUCUUCUGUACCACCUGGGCCGAGGGAAAUCUGUCCAGCUCAGACUACAUGGCUCUGUGUGUGAGGGAAAUUUUUUUUCUUCUUUUCCUUAAUCCCGUGCUGAAACUGAAUUUGUCAAUAGAGAAGAAAAGCUGCCGGUGCCCAGGGAUAUUUGCAAAGUAUAUUUUGUCAGUAGAAAGAAGCGUUACGCACACACACAUGCACAUGACUGCAUAAGCACUACCACUGCUGGUUUUCCUCUUUGAAGUGGAUGCAGGUGGGCACCUUGUUCAGCUCUAUUAAAUCCUCCUCACCGCCA